AUGUCCGCAACAAUCUUCCUUGACAGCCGGCACACGCACUAUACCAAUCUCGACUUCCUUUCAGGCAAGGUCGUGCUGCAGCUGCCCACCGAAGCUGCAAUUGGAGGGAUCCAGGUCAAGCUGGAGGGCGUGAGCCGUACCCGGCUUGCUGGUCCUCGCUAUCCACACAAUGUCAACUCGGACAAGAAACGGACGGAGCUGGAGGUUCACAAGAUCUUAUACAAGGUUGCGACCGUCUUCCCCACGGCGGCUGUUAUGCAAACCGGCUCACCAGCGGCCUCGUACACCUUUGCAGCCGGAUCAUAUGAAUAUCCUUUCCACUUCAAGUUCCCCUUCAACAAUGCUUGCAGCACUACCAACAGCAUGCGCACCAACCUUGUCACUACUGGGCUGAAAGUGGAGAUGGCCCGCGACACCACCCGACAUGUCAAGAAAACCCUGCCCCCAUCCCUGACCGGGUUUCCUGGUAUGGCCGAAAUUGAGUAUUUUGUGAAGGCCACAAUAAUCAGGCCUCAGUUCUAUAAAGAGAAUAUCCGCGCGAUUGUGCCUUUGAAAUUCCUGCCUAUUGAGCCCCCAAGGACUGGAAAUCUUAAUGAGGAAACAUACGCCCGGCGACAACACCAAUUCUCGAAGAUCCAAAAUGCUCCACAGAAGAAGAGCAUCUUCAAUCGGUCUACAAAUCCAUUCCGAGAGAUAGACACAGAGCCUCCACGAGUCUCUGUCGAGGCCCGGCUUCCAAAUCCCUCGAUUCUCACCUGCAACGAGCCAGUCCCGCUUCGCCUUAUGGCUAAAAAAAUGACUGAUUCGCCGGAAACCAUUUUCUUGCAGAUGCUGCAGAUUGAACUCGUGUCUUACACUAAGAUUCUCGCGCAUGACCUCGCACGACAGGAAAAUGGCUCAUGGGUCGUUAUGAGUCGUAGCAAUAUGGGCCUGGCAUUGGGACAACCAGGAGAUGCGGUGGGCACUGAAUGGAACAUCGACUCGCAGUUGUGGAGUACCCUACCACUUCCUAACUCAGUCGCGCCAUCGUUCGAGACAUGUAAUAUUGAGAGAACCUAUGAGCUGGAAGUACGAAUUGGACUGACUCACGGCACUCCUGGAAAUAUGAAGCCUCAACUGAUCGUUCUUCCCCUGCGAAUGCCAGUCAAGGUCUACUCUGGAAUUGCACCCCCUCAGGCUCUCCUGGAUGCUAUGGCGGCUGCGGCGUUACAAUCAUCGCCUUCCAAACCAACAUCUCAGCCCUCCUGGCCCACCUCUAAUGAGACCGGCAGACCUCCAAUGCCCCCCGACCUAGUACUGGACCCGUGCCUGCUGAACCCAGUAGAUGGACCACGCCGCGAGUAUCACCCACCAGACGCCUCUUCCUCCCAGCGAGCAAUGGAAUCUGGAGCUGAUGCCAAAUCCCCAGUCCGAUCGGGAAAGGCCCGUGAGGAUGGUUCUGCGGCUGAGUGUCCUGUGGCUCUCCCCAGCCGAGAGGGCCGUUCUUCCUCGGAGUCCUUUGACAUGCUGCCUACUACCCCGCCCGAGUCUAAUUCCGGAUCCCCUCCUGCGUCGCCCGUGAGACGCUCCCCGAGUAUGAUGAAGGUCCCCGGGAAGCCUACAGACGAAGAAAGUCCCCCGCAAUACCAGCGUGUCGCGGAGAGCCAGCUUCAGCCUUCAAAUGCUGUCGAGCGACGACCUUCACAGAACAACCUGCGACCCAUGAAUCUGGGCGUUCCUACCCGGAAGCCAGUUCCGCAAAGCUCGAGCAGACAGCGGUAA